AUGGUGGUGGAUACUGGAGGUGUUGUCACUAUAUCAAUAUCACAAGCUAAUGUUAUGGAAUAUUUAGCUAUCCCAAUAAUCAUUGGCAUGAAUGGGAUUUCACUUACCUUAAGGGAAGCAACAGUUGUUAGAAUACCUUUGAUGAUUGAGAAACAAGCUACUACAGUUGUGGAAGAAUCAUCUGUCAUUAUAUUCCUUAUUGAUGGCCAAGCAAGUUUAACAGCAGCUGACAUGGAAAUAGGAACUAGGCGAACUGGAGAGCUUCUUAAUCUUGACCAAAUGGCCAAACGUUUUGGCUUGUUGUUACAGUUGACAUCAAAAGGAGUAGCAAUAGCUUCAUCAAGUAGUGUGAUGGAGGCUUUAUUAGUGAAUCAAGCAUUUUGUGUCAUUCAUUGUUCUGAUGUCGUUGCACUUGUCAUUGAGGCCAUGACUUAUAUCACAAAAUAG